GAAAAAAAUCGCAACUCCACCCCUUGAAUUAUGGGUAAAACAUGUCUGCGCUCUGUCCUCAUCCUGACGGCCACCUUACCUUAUUGCGAUAACUGCGUUAUCCUAAUAUUAAAUCAGGAUCUCUACCUACAAAAAACUGGGCGUUGUCGGUUUAAACACUAAGUUUGAAGAUGUCGGAGAAUAGCCAGAAGGACGGCGUGUCUGGAAAUGCGCUCACCAGAGCAGUGAUUGCUGAAAUGCUGGCGAAGAAUUUCGAGAGACUACCUGACACUGAGCAGAAACUCUUCGUCUAUGGACCCAUGUAUCUGGGGGGAAACGCAGGCCUUGCAGGAUUGAUAUCCAACAGCUUGUACCGCAGAGCUCUGAAUGUCACACAGGCGCCCAUCACCUCCAGCCUGCCGAUGGCCGUGCUGCCCUUCAUGACCACAGUUGCCCUGUACAACGCGGUGCUGUCCAGCCCGCUCCUGUCCGGUGAUCUCAACUGCCCCAGCUGUGCCCUGAUACGAGGUGCACUUGUCGGUCUGACCGGUGCUGGUGUGUACCCCAUCCUCCUGGCCUUACCCGUGAAUAUUGGCCUUGCAUCCAGGUACAGCACGGCACCGAUGCCAGAGAAGGGCAAUGUGCUCCGGUACUGGGUGGACCUGUCCAGACCGAUCCUGAGAAGAAUGAGGGCAGUCCUGGUGCUCCAGGCCUUCUUCGGCACCUACCUGAGCUCCAGGCAUUUUGAAUCUUACACCAAACUGGCCCAGAUAACAUUUGGUUCAGGUGGAGAGGAACUCAAAGACUAAAAAGUACUGAACUGACACAAUUGCAUAUGGAAUAUACCUGAGAUUUUUUCUCCCAGAAAUAAAAUGAAGUGUGGGCUUUCUAA